AUUUCCGAGCAUACUUGAACGUAACACAUUUCAACAGCGUAAUUAGCGAAGACGUCACGGCAGUCAGUCAUGGCUAAACAGUACGACAUUUUGUUCCGGAUUCUCCUACUCGGAGAUUCGGGGGUCGGCAAGACUUGCAUGCUGCGUCGCUUCACGGACAAAGAGUUCGAUACUGGACAUAUUUCCACGAUCGGUGUGGAUUUUAAAAUGAAAACCCUCGAAAUAGACGGAAUCAAGGUGCGCGUACAAAUAUGGGACACCGCCGGGCAAGAGCGCUACCAGACCAUUACCAAACAGUAUUACAGGCGUGCACAGGGAAUCAUCUUUGUUUACGACAUCACAUCCGAGUCCUCCUUUCAGCACAUAGUCAAGUGGGCCACCGACGUGGAUGAGUAUGCACCAGAAAAAGUGCAGCGGAUUUUGGUCGGUAACAAAUCUGAUGACGAGGGUAGGAGGCGAGUGACUAAGGAAGAAGGAAGCAAGCUAGCAGAAAGGUAUGGGAUGGACUUCUUUGAGACCAGCGCAUCCACGAGCAACAACAUCGAAAAGUCAUUCACUCGUGUGACAGAACUGGUGCUGCAGGCUCACAAGAGAGACGUGGACAACCUUCUCGGAUCUCUGGACGAGUAUUUAAACAAGGCCGGGCUGGACGACAACGGUCAAGAUAAAAUCGGCAGCAUUCGGAGAGUUUGUGGCUGCGCCAGAAUCUUUUGAAAUGAUAUUGUUCUCCUCUCUAAUUUCAUUCAGCUGUUUUGUUGUUGUUGUUGUUGUUGGGGUUUUUUUUUUCCCCCUGAAGAACUGCUGGUUUUGUUGCCAACAGUGAAGGCUUGUGCAUUUUACUCCAAUCUGCCAGGAGAAGGUACUAAAAUACCACAAUUCCUAUCACCACUUCUUACCCUGUUGCUUUCUAAUCCUAUUUAUAGUAUAUUAAAUUAUAAUGCAGUGUUGGGUGUAAAGUGAGAGGAAGACUAUGAAUUACAAAUGCAGUCGAUGUGGUGCCCCCACCCCUCCUUCCCCCACUUUUCUUAAUGCUGUACAGUAGUGAACCCCUGCUUUUCAGAGAGAUGGGGACAGACCCCAGCCACAAAAUGAGAAAAUCCACAAGUAAUUGACCCCCCCCCCACCCAAAAAGGUCUGCCAUUCCCUACAGAUGCUGUUAAAUGCGGUAAAUCUUUUUUUAUAUAUAUAAGACAAGUCUAUGUCCUGAUUGAGUAUACCAAAUUUCGCUAAAAUAUUUUUAGGAGUCACGGCUUUGGCCCCGAGCAUCAAAAACUGCAAAUAGACGUUUUUCAGCAAAUAACGGGAAAACGGCUUCAACAAAAUCUGCAACUGUGCAGAUUUGCGAAUGCCAAAUUAUGAAUUUGCAGGGGUUUGCUGCGCUCAAAUGACUAGUUUCCAAGUCCAUUGAGCUGUAGUCACAGACAACGUUUUAAAUGUAUGUUUUUAAAAAGUGCUGGGGAAAAUAUUCCCAAAUUAAAGGUCAAGCGUCAUGAAAUGGA